AUGGACAAGGGGUAUGAAGGUGAAGGUCAAAGUAAACUCAUUAUAACUGACGAGGGGUAUGAAGGUGAAGGUCAAAGUAAACUCAUCACAGACGAGGGAUAUGAAGGUGAAGGUCAAAGUAAACGCACUACUACAGACGAGGGAUAUGAAGGUGAAGGUCAAAGUAAACGCACUAUAGCAGACAAGGGGUAUGAAGGUGAAGGUCAAAGUAAACUAACUAUUACAGACGAGGGGUAUAAAGGUGAAGGUCAGAGUAAACUCACUAUUACAGACAAGGGGUAUGAAGGUCAAAGAAAACUCACUACUACAGACGAGGGGUAUGGAGGUGAAGGUCAAAGAAAACUCACUACUACAGACGAGGGGUAUGGAGGUGAAGGUCAAAGAAAACUCAUUACUACAGACGAGGGGUAUGGAGGUGAAGGUCAAAGUAAACUCACUACAAAAGAAGAGGGGUGUGAAGGUCAAAGUUUACUCACUACUACAAAAGAGGGUAUGAAAGUGAAGGUCAAAGUAAACUCACUACUACAGAAGAGGGGUAUGAAGGUGAAGGUCAAAGUUUACUCACUACUACAGAAGAGGGGUGUGAAGGUCAAAGUUUACUCACUACUACAAAAGAGGGGUAUGAAGGUGAAGGUCAAAGUAAACUCACUACUAAAGACGAGGGGUAUGGAGGUGAAGGUCAAAGUAAACUCACUACUACAGACGAGGGGUAUGAAGGUGAAGGACAAAGUAAACUCACUACUACAGACGAGGGGUAUGGAGGUGAAGGUCAAAGUAAACUCACUACUAAAGACGAGGGGUAUGGAGGUGAAGGUCAAAUUAAAAUCACUUACAGACGAGGGGUAUGAAGGUGAAGGUCAAAGUAAACUCACUACUACAGACGAGGGGUAUGGAGGUGAAGGACAAAGUAAACUCACUACUACAGACGAGGGGUAUGGAGGUGAAGGUCAAAGUAAACUCACGUACAGACGAGGGGUAUGA